UUUCUAUCGUAGCCAAAGACAACACAGCGAAUCAUCCGCACCCUAUCCAUGAUCACCUUAUCUGCAUCUCGAUUCCUUGACAGGAUUGGACGCCCAGCAAUCACUGCGCCCGACAACAUCGUAAGCCCAGAUACCAAACCUGUCUUCAAAACCCAACGCUGUUUCAAAAGACCAAACAAAUACUGACAAAACCGCGAGUAUUUGAGCAUUUCUAUACGUCUCUUCCCCAUCUGUAUCUCAGGAGGAUAAUCUGAGACUACCAGCAAUGUACAUAUAGUUGACGCAUACCCAUCCCCUUCGUAAACGAGGUUGGAGGGAAAAAAUCCUGCUCUCGUAUUUUCAUAUGGAGGACGUAGGAUUUUGAACAGAAUAGCCAUUUCGAUAGGAGGACGUGGGUUUCAGGGUCACCGGUUUCCGCCUCUGCCGUCCUUAUCUUCCAUUUUGUGUCGCUGCUCUGGUCAGGCCCUGGCCGUGUUGCAAGACUACCUGCGUGAUUCCAUUCAUUUGAAGUCUUGUGACUAGAGAGCGUGGACACGGUGAUUCGGUGUCGAAGGAUGGAAGGAAGGUAGGCAGACAUAUGUUGCGAUGCGCCACCUCAUGCAUGUUCGCGGCCAAGUCUAAAUGUCUGACUGCGAGAACGAAUUCACUUCGUCUGUCAACUAUGCAUAGAGACUCAGGAUUUCCACUGUUGCUAAGCCACGAAUGUCGAUUGUUCAGCCUACACAUGGGGUGCGGCGUAGUCUAUUCUGUGGAGUGCAUAAGAUGGGAAGAUGUAUACCACUGUCAAAUAUGUGUAAAACUCAUAAACACAUUUCCACGCCAUUCAUCUAACUGUAAUUCCUCAAACGCAUCGAACUCUGCAGCAUACAUUCGAUCUAUUCAAUAUUCACUACUGUUAUAAUAACGACAUCAUUUUCUGGGCAACUAACGUUCACAGUCUCAUUAUGAGCGAUCUAAGCAAGAGCUACAUCAUUUCCAGCGGCCACGACGAAUCCGCAAGGUAAAGACCCCCAAACCCCCCAAAAAGAACCCAACGAUAAUGAGAGAUGCAGACUGUACUUCCAGCACUGGAUGUGGAGAGCACAGUUAAGAUACGACCUCCACCCCUCAAUCCAAAUCCCUUCUUCGAGCGAACAAAUCCGCAUCGCAGAUCUAGGCUGCGGAAACGGAGUCUGGUUGACAUCCCUCGCCACCGAUCCCGCAUGGCAGACCAAAACCGUUUCUUUCCACGGCUUCGAUAUACAGCGCACGCACUAUCCAGCCGCCACCAACCUCCCAGCCAACGUAACGUUAGGCUACAUGGACGUGUUUGCGGAAGACAUACCGCAAGAGCACAUCGGCGUGUACGAUGUCGUGCACGUGCGAGCAUUCGCGUCAGUUGUCAAACACGGUGAUCCCGUGCCGGUUCUUACCACCAGUUUCAAGAUGCUCAAACCGGGUGGGUACUUGCAGUGGGAUGAUCUAGACGCUGGCACGUUCCACGCAAUCCUGCCCGGGUCCUCGAAACCUAGCGACGCAUUAAAAGAGUUCUUUGCUGUUUCGGCGCAGGCGCAGAAAGUAGGGAUGGGGUUGGAGUAUGGGUGGUUGUGGAGAUGGGGGGAGUUGUUUGGGGAGAAUGGGUUUGAGAUUGUCGAGGAUGAGAGGAUGGAGGUUAGGAGGGAACUCCGGGAUGUGAUGACGACGAGUUAUGUGUUGGUUCAUGAGCAUAUUGCGAGGCAUGGUGUGGUGGAUGGGAAGUUGGUUGGGACGGAUGCGGAUUGGGCUGAUGUCUGGGGGAAGGCGCGGGAGGAGGUUGCGAAAGGUGCUUCGCUUGUUACUGAUCUUGUGGUUGCUGUUGCUCGGAAGCCACUGUAG